UAGUCCAUCAACCACAUUAUAACACCUCCUCCCUACCUGCUGGCUGCUGCCACUGAUACCACCACGUGACAGCAUGAGAGGUUCAUGCCCCAGUUGUUUAUUGUUUAAAAGAGAAAAAGCCAGAGAGCCUCUUCUAUUCUAUUUCUAUCCACAAAAAUUGAGAAAAAAAAAAAGGAAAAUUAUUGGCUUAAAAGUUGAAAGCAUUACUGUUGGUUCUUGUGCACCUAAACGUGCUCUCUCUUUCUUUCUUUUUCUCUCGGUCUUCAACAUCCUCGAUAUCACACUCACAGUAUACAAUUACAAACACAACCUACUUAGUCAUUUUCUGUGCACAUUUUGUCACGUCCUCUAUAUAAAAUUUAGAUUUUUAUAAAGUUUUAUGGACGUACUUUCUGACACCACCCAUUACCGUCCUUCAGUGCCCCCAAAAAGACCAAAGUUUUAACCUUGCAGAGAAAAAGCCUUCAAAUUUAUUACCCUUUCAGAUAUAAUAUUUGAUUGAAUCUUAAGCUUGGCUGAGCAAGUCACAUUCCUUGGUCUCUCUCUCUCUCUCUCUCUCUCUCUCUCUCUCUCUCUCUCUCUCUCUCACACACACUUUCGUUUUCUGUCUUUAGAUUUAAAAGAGGUGGCACUUUCGUACAAGCCACGGUCACCCACACAUCGCAUUAUCUGGCACUUUGUGCUCUUUCCUAGCCUCAUACUUGCUGUAAAUGCAGCUGCGUUUUAGUUUUACUGUAUUAUCUGAUGGGGAAGAAGGGAGGCACUUCGUCAUGGUUGACUGCUGUCAAAAGGGCUUUCAGAUCUCCCACUAAAGACGAUGAAGAUCAAAAGAAAAGAGAGAAGCGAAGGUGGUUCAGGAAACCCACAAAUUUAAAUCAACAAGAAACAGCUACACAACAAGCUCAAGCGCCAAAGGCCACAGACCAUGUAUCAGCAGCCAACAGUUCAGCAGCUGCAGAGCAAAAGCAUGUGCUGGCUGUGGCUGUGGCCACAGCUGAGGCUGCAAUGGCAACUGCCCAAGCAGCAGCCGAAGUGGCUCGGCUAACUAGGCCUUCUAAUCAUGCUAGAGAGCAGUAUUAUGCCAUUGUUAUCCAGACUGCCUUUAGAGGAUACUUGGCAAGGAGGGCACUUCGUGCGCUUAAAGGGCUUGUAAAGUUGCAAGCUUUGGUGAGAGGUCACAAUGUGAGAAAGCAAGCAAAGAUGACUCUCAAGUGCAUGCAAGCUCUGGUUCGUGUGCAGGCUCGGGUGCUUGAUCAGCGCACCAGGCUCUCUCAUGAAGGCAGCAGAAAGUCUGCAUUUAGUGACACCAAUAGCGUUUGGGAAUCAAGGUAUCUUCAGGACAUUUCAGACAGAAAGUCCAUGUCUAGAGAGGGAAGUAGCAUAGCAGAUGAUUGGGAUGAACGCCCCCACACAAUUGAGGAGGUAAAAGCUAUGUUGCAACACAGAAAAGAUGCUGCAAUGAAGCGUGAGAAAGCCUUGUCCCACGCCUUCUCUCAACAGAUAUGGAGGAACGGUAGGAGCCCAUCAAUCGGAAAUGAGGAUGAGCUUGAAGAGAGACCCAAAUGGCUAGAUAGAUGGAUGGCCCCAAAGCCAUGGGAUAGCAGAGGAAGAGCCUCAACUGACCAUAGAGACCCCAUCAAGACAGUUGAAAUCGACACCUCUCAGCCUUAUUCAAGUUUAGCACCUAACUUCCGAAGAUCAAGUUCAAGCCAAUACCACCAACACCAACAACAAAGACCCAGUUCACCAAAACAAAGACCUAGUUCACCACUCCAUAGAGAUAGAACCCACCAAAGCCAACCUUUUCAUCACCAGUCCCCUGUCACACCAUCCCCAUCAAAAACCCGGCCUAUCCAAGUCCGGUCUGCCAGCCCUCGUUGUGUUAGAGAAGAUAGAAGCUCUAAUGCAUCUCAAACUCCAAGCCUUAGGUCAAACUAUUUCUACAGUGGUGCUAUGCACCAACAUAGCAGGGGUGGUGGUACAAGCACUAUUGGCAAUAGUGUUGCUACAUUGCCUAAUUACAUGGCAGCAACUGAGUCUGCCAAAGCUCGGAUACGCUCUCAGAGUGCACCGCGACAAAGACCAUCGACACCAGACCGGGAACGAGGAGCUGGAUCAGCAAAGAAAAGGCUUUCAUUCCCAGCUCCUGAUCCUUACGGUGUGGCAAUGGGGUAUGGCGGUUAUGGACAUAGCUUGAGGAGCCCAAGCUUCAAGAGUGUGGCUACAUCGCAUUUUGGUGUGGAGCAACGGUCUAACUAUUCUUCUUGUUGCACUGAGAGUCAUGGUGGUGAGGUUUCCCCUUCUUCAACUAGUGACCUUAGAAGGUGGUUGAGGUGAUUAAUGGCUGAAAUUGAUGGGGGAGUGUGAGCUGUAACUUUGUCACAAUGUUAAUUUGAUUUGAAUUGUGAUUAGGAUGUAGUUUUGACCAUUAAAUAAUGAUCUAGAGGCAAUUGGGAUGUAAUUUAGAGAGCAGUGCAGUGAGUAUUUGGAUAGAUAGUAGGAUGAAUCUGAUCGAAGUUUUUUUUAUUUUUCUCUUCCUUUCUAAUGAUUGGCUUGUAGUUGAAGGUGUAAGUGUGUCAUUAUUAACAAACUCUGUAACUUCGGUGAUUAUUUUCUCACUCUCUUUGCACUGAAAUUAUAUCAAAACUCUGUAAUCUAGUCCUGCUUUCUGUAUUCUACUUUUUACUCAAUUUCCACAAACCC